AAUUUUUAGUACAAAUUUGGGGAUUAAAGGAAUCACACAGUGCACACGUUUUACAACACUGUUAUUCAAAACUGCCAUCUCAUAUAAACAAAAAAAUUGUAAAGCAUAAAAGCGUCAACAAUCGGCUGGUGUACAGGGUUUUUAUAUUCGUUUUGAGAAAAUUUAAAUAAAUAACAUUUUAUCGAUGCAAAUGGAUGAUCCCAAAGAGCCGCCUAAAGACAAAGACAGCACCGGUCUCACCUCGUUCUUUGAGCAAAAGAUAGCUGAAUUGCAGUUCAUUGUUUCGGAGAAGCAGCGCAAUCUGCAGCGCCUUGAAGCUCAGCGCAAUGAGCUCAACUCAAAAGUGCGUAUGCUGCGCGAGGAACUGCAGCUGUUGCAGGAACAAGGCAGCUAUGUGGGUGAAGUGGUCAAGCCCAUUGAUAAGAAAAAGGUAUUGGUCAAGGUGCAUCACGAUGGGAAAUACGUUGUCGAUGUGGAAAAGAAUAUCGAUAUCAAUGAUGUGACCACCAAUAGCCGUGUGGCACUCCGACAUGAUAGCUAUACACUGCACAAGAUUUUGCCGAACAAGGUCGAUCCGCUUGUCUCGUUGAUGUUGGUCGAAAAAGUGCCGGACUCAACCUACGAAAUGGUGGGCGGCUUGUCCAAGCAAAUCACCGAGAUCAAGGAGGUUAUCGAGCUGCCCAUCAAACAUCCUGAGCUGUUCGAUGCCCUUGGCAUUGCCCAGCCCAAGGGUGUGCUGCUUUAUGGACCACCUGGCACUGGCAAAACACUGCUGGCUCGCGCUGUCGCUCAUCACACGGAAUGCACAUUCAUUCGCGUCUCUGGCUCGGAGCUGGUGCAGAAGUACAUUGGCGAGGGAUCACGCAUGGUGCGCGAGCUGUUUGUCAUGGCUCGGGAGCAUGCGCCAUCUAUCAUAUUCAUGGAUGAGAUCGAUUCAAUUGGCUCGGCACGUCUGGAGUCGGGCCGAGGCGCCGACUCGGAGGUGCAGCGCACAAUGCUGGAACUGCUGAACCAACUGGACGGCUUUGAGGCAUCCAAGAACAUCAAGGUAAUUAUGGCCACCAAUCGUAUCGAUGUGCUCGACCAGGCACUGCUGCGUCCCGGCCGCAUCGAUCGUAAAAUUGAAUUCCCACCACCUAGCGAAGAGGCACGCGUCGACAUCCUACACAUUCAUUCGCGCAAAAUGAAUCUGACGCGCGGCAUCAAUCUGCGCAAGAUUGCCGAGCUGAUGCCAGGUGCAUCUGGCGCUGAGGUCAAGGGCGUAUGCACAGAGGCUGGCAUGUACGCGCUGCGCGAGCGCCGUGUCCACGUCACCCAGGAGGACUUCGAGAUGGCCGUCUCCAAGGUCAUGCAAAAGGACUCCGAGCGCAAUAUGUCCAUGAAGAAGUUCUGGAAAUAAUUUUCGAUUAAAUCAAAUCAACAUUAUUAUUAAGUUUUUUUCUUAUAAACCAUAUUGAGUAAUUGUUUUACGAACAAGAGAACAAUCUAGUAUCUGCCUCGUUUCGAACCUCCUCUUAGGCUUAGGCUUGCCCAGCAAGAUAUACUUUAUAUAAAAAUCGAAGUCUAUUUCAGAUUCUAAUCAUAUGAGAGAAUGGAACAAUACUUAUAUAAAUGAAUAUUGUAAGG